AUGACAAGGGCUCCCCAAGGAGAGAAGAACAGCCGGAGGGGUUUUGACGAAAAGGCUUACUUGUCCUCAAAGCUGCUGAAGGCCGGAGAAGACCCCUACCGCCAGCAUGCUUUUAAUCAGCUAGAGAGCGACAAACUCAGCAGCGAUCGGCCCAUUCGGGACACCAGGCACUACAGGUGCACUUCUGUACGCUAUGACACAGACUUGCCAGCUACCAGCCUCAUCAUCACCUUCCACAAUGAGGCGCGCUCCACCCUGCUCCGGACGGUGAAGAGCGUCCUGAACCGCACCCCUCCCAGCCUCAUCCAGGAGAUCAUUUUGGUAGAUGACUUCAGCUCAGAUCCUGAGGACUGCCAGCUCCUUACUAAGAUCCCAAAGGUCAAGUGUCUACGAAACACCCGGCGGGAAGGGCUGAUUCGCUCUCGGGUGCGAGGAGCUGAAGUGGCUAUCGCUGAUAUCCUCACCUUCUUGGACAGUCACUGUGAAGUCAACAGCGAGUGGCUGCAGCCAAUGCUUCAGAGAGUGAAAGAGGAUUAUACCCGAGUGGUGAGUCCAAUCAUUGAUGUUAUCAGCCUGGAUAAUUUUGCCUACCUGGCAGCAUCAGCAGACCUGAGGGGAGGGUUUGACUGGAGCCUUCACUUUAAGUGGGAGCAGAUUCCUAUAGAGCAGAAGAUGUCCAGAACAGACCCAACUCAGUCUAUAAGAACCCCUGUCAUAGCAGGAGGCAUCUUUGUCAUCGACAAGUCCUGGUUUAAUCACCUGGGAAAAUAUGAUACUCAAAUGGACAUCUGGGGAGGAGAAAAUUUUGAGCUCUCUUUCCGAGUGUGGAUGUGCGGUGGCAGCUUGGAGAUCGUUCCCUGCAGUCGAGUGGGACAUGUGUUCAGGAAGCGCCAUCCCUAUGACUUCCCUGAGGGCAAUGCACUGACUUACAUCAAGAACACCAAGCGUACAGCAGAGGUGUGGAUGGAUGAAUACAAGCAGUACUACUAUGAGGCCCGGCCAUCUGCCAUUGGGAAGUCGUUUGGAAGUGUUGCAGACCGAGUGGAGCAGCGACGCAAACUGAACUGUAAAUCCUUCCAGUGGUAUCUGGAGAACGUCUACCCUGAGCUCAAGGUUCCUGAAAAGGAGCUGAUUCCAGGAAUAAUUAAACAAGGAGGAAACUGCCUGGAGUCUCGGGCACAGGAUACCACAGGGAAUAUGUUGGCUGGCAUUGGAAUCUGUAAAGGAACAGUGAACAAUCCACCUGUCACUCAGGAGUGGGUAUUCAGUGACCCUCUAAUUAGACAGCAGGACAAGUGUCUUUCCAUUACCUCCUUUUCUACUGGCUCUCAAAUCACACUGGAAGCCUGCAAUCAAAAAGACGGCAGACAGAAGUGGAAGAUGAAAGGCAGUUUCAUUCAACACUUUGUCAGCGGUCUCUGCCUGGAAAACCAGACUGGGAGAGUGGUGACCAACCCUUGCCAAGCAGAUGUACCUGGCCAACAGUGGGAGCUGCUACAAGCAACAUGA